AUGCGCAUACGGAAGCCGUUUGCUGGCGCUUUCGUAGCCCUGAUCUUCAUCAGCGCCGGCGCCGGGUUUUCCCCGCCCGACUACAAGAUCCCCUCGUACAAGCAAUCCGACAAAGCACUACAUUUUCUCGCCUUCUUCCUUCUCACACUAUGCUUCUACUGGAUACUAGAGACGAGUCGAAGGAAAGUCUUACAGCUCACCUUCACGGUGUGCACGAUUGGUCUGGGGAUUGCUAGUGAAGUUGUGCAAGGCUUGUUGCCUAUUCAUCGGGACUUCGAUUAUUACGACAUCGUAGCCAACGUCCUCGGUUCGCUCCUCGCUCUCGGCCUUUGUAAUUGGUACCACAAGCGCAUGCUCGAGCGAAAGAGAGCUGCACGCGGGUAUACAGCCGUUGCCGGGGACGAGGAACGAGACAUUGAGCUGGGUGAGAAUGUGGAGGGGCAGGAGUCCGGUGUCAUCCGAUCCACUGUUGACGAAGAACUUGAAACAUGGGACGAGAAUGCGGAAGACUGGGACACUACUGAACCGGAGCCCGUGAGUGGGAAAAAGAGUCUUGACGAUGGAGGUGAUUUGGGUGAGGGGAAGAAGCGAAAUGACUGA